GCUUCGGAAGGGGUGGCUCGUCAGCCUACCGACGCAUUUUCGAGCCAGGAAGCGGGCCAGCAGGAACCCUUUACCUACUGGCGGGCUGGAAGACCAGCGUUUUCCGCCGGCCCCUUCGAGAGAGUCAGUCAGGUUUUUUUUCCCUCUCUCUCUUAUAUCCUCCCCCCUCCUCUUCUCUCGGUUCCUUCUGAGGAGAGUUUGAGCGCGCUCUCUUUCGCCUCAUGGGCAGGGGGAGGAGCCGAGCGCCCGGGGACGCCGCCGGUGGCUCCCACCUGCAUGCAGUUGAUGGGCCAGUGGGGAGCGGCCGCAGCCAAGCCAAGAGGGCGCUUCUCCCUCGCAGCCCACUUGCCCGUGGGCGCAGCUCGUGAGAGGCAGCCGGCUCGCUUCCCCGGCGCGCGCUCUUUUUUUUCUUUCCCUGCUCGCUUUCUCUGCUCGGCUUUUUUGACCGCCUUCCUGCUCCGCCAUGGAGGCAUCUGAAGCCGGGGACGAGCUGGCUCAAACCCCGGAACCCACCAUCGUGCAGCCCGCUGCGGCCGCCGGCGGGACCGCUCCCCCGCCUCCUCCACCACCACCACCACCCUACCAAUCCCGGGAUCCGCCGCCGCCGCCGCAGCAAGGCGAACAGCUGCGCCUCGGGGAGGACGGGCAGUUCAGCGAGGAGCUGGAAGAUAGAGGUUUACUAGAAAGCAGCACAAGAUUAAAACCUCAUGAAGCUCAAAGCUACAGAAAAAAGGCAGUGUGGGUUUCAUGGGCUUCCAUUGUUGUCACACUGGCUCUAGCAGUUGCUGCCUUCACUGUCUCCAUAAUGAGGUACAGUGCGUCAUCAUUUGGAUUUGCUUUUGAUGCCACUUUGGAUGUGUUAUCGUCAGUGAUAGUCCUGUGGCGCUACAGCAAUGCAGCUGCUGUACAUUCAGCACACAGAGAAUACAUAGCCUGUGUCAUCUUGGGUGUGAUAUUUCUUCUGUCCUCCUUAUGUAUAGUGAUCAAAGCCAUCCAUGACCUGGCAACUAAGUUGCUUCCAGAAGUGGAUGAUUUUCUAUAUAGCGUUUCCAUUUUAAGUGGAAUCCUUUGCACUACUUUGGCUGUAAUCAAAUUUAUGCUGGGAAAUGUGCUUACAAGCAGAGCAUUGUUAACUGAUGGUUUCAACUCUCUAGUAGGAGGAAUAAUGGGAUUCUCUAUCCUUCUAAGUGCAGAAGUAUUUAAACACAAUGCAGCAGUAUGGUAUCUGGAUGGAAGUAUAGGAGUUCUAAUUGGACUUACAAUAUUUGCCUAUGGAACCAAGCUUCUUGUGGACAUGGUUCCCCGCGUACGGCAAACACGGCAUUACGAAAUGUUUGAAUAAAGACAGAUCCCAGCUAUAUGGACUGAAUAAAUUUUGCAAACUUCGAUAGCAUCUUAUAUCCUGGCAAGUGAUGCCAAUUGUAUUUACAAGAUUGUACUCUGUUUCUCAUGGUAUAUUUUCUUUUCUACCAUAUUGUUCAAAGGUGAAGUCUACUUGUACAAAUAGGCAAAUGUUUACAAAGCUUUAGAUCUUGGCAAAAGCAGCAGCCUUUUCCUUUUGUCUGUGCACUAGUAAAAAACUGCAAGUGGCCAUUAGAAAUGAACAAGAGUUUUAAAGUUCUAGCCCAGCUGCUAUGUUACAUGUUCUUGGAAGGCAUUUAACAGCUGUGUGCUGAAAGGGACCAUAAUGGGUAGCUGCAGUUGGGUCUAUUUGUGGCAUCUUAGCCUCUUCUCUGUGGAAGCUCCUACCAGAACAAGCUCCUUAGUUUCUAUUUUGUCAUAUAGAUGAAAGAGACUCCUUUUUUGUCAUAACUUAUGUUGUCACUAACAUUUUAGAAUGGCGACGUCUCAGUCAUGGUCUCAAUGUCUUGUGCGCAGAGCUCAGUGGCAUAUUGUACUUAGGUUAUGGAUGCCAAUAGACAAUUAAUUGCUCAAUGCAUGGAAUCAUUCCCCAACCCCAGCAGAUGAUGCCCAAAUAACCUCAAAAAACAGCUGCUACUCCUGGCACAGUUUUCACUAAUUUAAAAAAACUUUCAAAGUUUUUAAUAAAAUUCUCGGAACCACGUAAAUAUUACACACCGUAUAGAGUAUAUUAAACUGCACGGACAAGAUAAGCACGAAGUGUUAAAAAGGCAAAAGCCAAAAAAACAAAAAACAAAAACCCAAAAGUAUAAGAGUGAAGUUUGAGUCUAUGUCUUUGAUUGUAUUAUGCACUUAUGUAGCAGUAUGUAUGGCUCAAUAUAUGGGUGCCCUGUUGUCUGGUACAAAUGACCAUUCCUCACUGAUAGAAUCUUUAUAGCUAUGAAGCAAUAGGCUGUUCUAUAGAUAUGACACGUGCCCCCUCCCAUUUUAUGUAAUUUAACACCUGGAUUUCAAAUUCCAGCUCCCAUCAUGUAUAAUCAAUAAAGUUGUUACUUGUUUUAUACAGUACCUGUAAUUAACCUUUAAAAAUGCUUUGGAGACAACUUCAUUAAAUCAAAAAGUUCUUCUUUUCUG